AUGCCUAUUCCGGGGAUGUUGGCCAAAGUUAUUUUCGGUUCACUAACGGACAAAUACAAUUGUCGCCGGUUGGUAUUUGUUUUAAGUGCAAUUUUAACGUCGUUAUUGGUGUUUAUAAUGUUGUUGAUACCUAACACGAAUACCAAUGGAGAAAUGGACGACUCGGAUGCGAUUAGGUCACCGCUGUUUUGGUUGUUUUGGACCACAGCCACGUUGUUCACGACCACGACUACGGUGAAGAAUGUUAUGGAGGAUACCAUUUGUAUGAAUCUAUUAGGUGAAAACAAACAUCAAUAUGGUGGACAGAGGUUGUGGGGAUCCAUUGGUUAUAGUAUGUUAGCCAUCGCUUCUGGUGUAUGUGUAGACUGGUAUAGCAAAGAACAAGAGUUCAAAAAUUAUACACCUUGUUUUGUAAUUGCAUUGAUGUGUUUCAUUUUGGAUAUAUUUGUGGUGUCGAACAUUGAGGUUGUACAAGAAAGUUCGUACACCAAUAAGGUAUCAUCCGAUGUCAAAAAAUUGCUAACUGAAUUCAGAAUUGUAGCCUUUAUCGUUUGGGUUGUGUUAUUUGGAUUUUUCGUUUCGUUCUUAUGGAACUUUUUAUUCUGGUACCUGGAAGACUUGUCGACUUUUUAUCAUCCUGAAACAAAAUCUUGGAUGAAGACGCUUCAAGGACUAGCUAUACUAAUCCAAUGUUUCGGUGGCGAAGUGCCUUCGUUCUUUCUGUCGGGUUAUAUACUGAAACGCGUUGGUCACAUGAACGUCUUUUCCAUAAUGUUCUUCGUGUACGCCUUGAUAUUUUUCCUAUUUUCAAUCAUCAAAAACCCCGUUUACGUUUUACCAGUGGAGAUACUCAGUGGCGUAGGGUUCGCACUUUUCUACUCUGGAGCCAUCUCAUAUGCGCAUCUUUCAGCUCCUGUCGGUGCCGAAGGAACGUUUCAAGGAAUCGUCGGGACAGCGUUGACGGGAAUAGGAACACCCAUUGGAAGCCUCAUUGGUGGCUACAUGUUCCAAAUUAUCGGAAGCAUUUCAUCCUUUAAAUUAUUAAGUGUGCUUGUGCUAAUCACGUGUAUCGUACAAAUCAUUGUUAAUCAGAUGAUAAAUCGUUUUUCGAAAAAUAUAAAUAUUAAGACAACUUCUCGCAGAUGUCAGCCAGAAGUUGGCGAUUUUAAGUUAUAG